AUGGAGCGGUUCGUGGAGGGGAACCGGGCGGCUCUGCAGGAGAACAGGGAGAUCCACGUGGUGAUGGGCAACGAGGCCUGUGACCUGGACUCCACCGUCUCGGCCCUGGCCCUGGCUUAUUUCCUGGCGAAGACCUCCCCGGCUCCCAAAGCCGCCUUCAUCCCGGUGCUGAACAUCCCUCGCGCCGACUUCGCCCUCCGGACGGAGACGACGUUCCUGCUGCGGGAGCAGGGCAUCCCCGCCGCCUCCCUCGUCUUUCGGGAUGAGAUCGACCUGGGGGGGCUGCACCGCGCCGGGCUGCUCUCCCUGACGCUGGUGGAUCACCACGUCCUGCCCGGCGCCGACGCAGCCCUGGAAGAGGCCGUGGUGGAGGUCCUCGAUCACCGGCCGUUGGAACGGGACCGAGCUCCCCGCUGCCAGGUGACAGCAGAGCCGGUAGGCUCCUGCGCCACGCUGGUGACGGAGUGGAUCGCCCAAGGUCCCCCGGGCGUGCUGGACAGAACCACGGCCGCGCUGCUGCACGGCACCAUCUUGCUGGACUGCGUGAACCUGAGCCCGGCUGCCGGCAAGGUGACGCCCAGGGACGUGGCGUGCAUCUCCCUGCUCGAGGCGAGGUUCCCCGAGCUGCCGGCCCGCGACACCGUCUUCGAAGCCCUGCAAGCGGCCAAGUUCGAUGUCUCAGGGCUGACGACGGAGCAGAUGCUGCGGAAAGACCUCAAAGUCCUCUCCGGCGAUGAGCUGGUCCUCGCCGUCAGCACCAUCUACGUGGACCUGGAGACCUUCCUGCGCCGGCCCGGCUUGCUGCAGGACCUGGAUGCUUUCUGCCAAGCUCGGGGCUACGCGGGGCUGGUGGCCAUGACGAUCUCUUUUAACGAGCACAACGAGCCCUCCCGGCAGCUCGCGGUCUACAGCCAGUGCGAGGCCCUCCGCAGCGCGGUGUGCCGGGCGCUGGAGGAGGCGACGACGCCGUCCCUGCACCUCCAGCCUCUCCCAAGUCCCUGGUCCUGCGUGGGCGCCUACGCCCAGGGCAACGCUUUGGCAUCGCGGAAGAAGGUCCUGCCCGUCCUGCGGCAAGCCCUGGGGGGGCCGGGCGCUGCCGGGGGGCCGGAGGAGGAGGUGGUCCCGCCGCCCACCCCAAUGAACAGCCUGGUGGAGGAAUGUCCGCUGGCACAGGCCAUGCCCCCCCUCUGCCCCCAGGAUGUCCUGGAGCGGGUCAGCCGCAUCGCCGCCGGGCAGCCCCCCGGCUCCCCAAAAUGAGAGCGGGAGCCCGGCGGCUUUUGGGGGCCGUACGAGGAGGUGGGGUCCCUGGGCAGGUCCCGGCGGGGUGCUCGGGCGUAGGGGGGUUGCAGCCGCCUUCGUUAGAGCUCGGCUUCCUUCGUUAGAGCUCGGCUCCCUGCCGGAGAUGGGUCCUCGUUGCAAUUUGCCCCCCGACGGGCUCCCCCCACCCCGACGGCCCCCCUGGGGUUCGAUCCCCCAGGGUGGGUUUUUGGGGACCCUGUGGGCAGGGGGACCGGGGCAGCACUCGCACCCACUUAACGAAGGUGCUGG